AUGGCUCCCGCCCAACGGAGAGGACCUUGGGUCCCGGAAGAAGACCAGGAAUUGCUCCAGCUGGUCCGCACCCAAGGGCCAAACAACUGGGUGCGCAUCUCGCAACACAUGAAAUACCGAUCACCCAAACAGUGCCGGGAGCGCUUCCAUCAGAACCUCAAACCCUCGCUGAACCAUGACCCCAUCACGCCGGAGGAAGGGGUGAUGAUCGAACGCAUGGUGAACGAGAUGGGCAAGCGAUGGGCGGAGAUCGCCAGGCGGCUGGGGAACCGCAGCGAUAAUGCCGUCAAGAACUGGUGGAAUGGGAGUAUGAACCGGAAGAAGAGACGGCUGGUUCCGUCCAGAGAGUCGGACCAUGCUUCUCGCGCGUUUGAUGGUCGGAUCGAGUCCCUCUACUCCCAGAGCGCCGUUGGCUCCCAGUUUGGACAUCGCCAGCACAAAGAAGGCCAGUCGUCGUGGCUGCUGGCCAGCUGUAGCCGAAGGGAAAGCAGCUCGAGCUACGUCCGCGACGAUUGGUCGCGAGAGCGCUCCUCUCCCCCAUCCCAUCAUCGACACCUCCCACCCCUCUUCACGGCAGACUCCGCAUCCCACGUCGACCACACGCUCACCUCCCCUUGCUACUCCGAAAUCUCCAGCCGCACAUCCGCUGGGCCGCCCUCUAUGAUAUCAGACCACACCUCCGUCGCCUCUGCCUCUCCUCGAACACUCACAUCGCCAUCAAUACCACCGAUCCCAAUGGAACUCCAUCCCGGAUACGACGAACGGCGCCGCGGCAGCGCACCCACCGUCGGCCACUCGCCCAUGAAAACGCACACUCACGCCUACAGCUCCAGCACGGGAGCCAAGAGCAUGGAAAUUCUAGCCGAAAGCGAGCCUGGCAGCCGAGAUUGGCAGACUGGCUCUGCCAGCGCCGGAAGUCCGCAUUUCCGCCACCAUAAUUCAGCCCAGGCCCAGCAUCGGCAACUUCCCGCCAUCUCGCUUGCACAUGCUCGAUCUGCGGUGCAAGAUCGCGAUGCGAGAAUGGGUGUGAAUAAUCUUUUGAAUUGA